AGGUGAAAUUAGAAAGUAAUUUUGCGUGCAUCAUCCUUGCCAUUAUGGUGCUUGAAGGGCUUGGACGGUCAUUGGAUCCGGACCUGGAUAUUUUAGAGGCAGCCAAGCCAUACCUAUUGACUACAUUUUAGAGGCAGCCAAGCUGUACCUAUUGACUGCAUUUUAGGCUACCAAUCCAAGAAUCAAAGCAGGAGCAUUAUCUAAGAAGGAUAUUUUAGAGCCAGCCAAACUGUACCUAUUGACUACAUUUUAGGCUACCAAGUCAAGAAUCAAAGCAAGAACCUUAUCUAUUAUGAAAGUAAGCUUUAUAGAAUCAAGAAAUACAACAUGGCUUGAGAUUAAGUACUAAACUCUACUUCCCUCAUUGUUGGAUGAUCGGACUACCUCUGGACGUGAAGCGAAUACAGGUAGUCCUAACCAUCCAAAUCAAAGGAAGUAGAAUUUUUGAAAUAAUACCAUG